CUUUCGGCAUUGACGAGCACCGAUGCCCUAAUCCGCAUGCUGGGCCCGGCCGUCGCUUUUCCCAAGGCCGCCGAUCCCGACGACGACCCAACAAAGUGGCAGCCAGAAAACUCGGCAGAGCAUCUCGCUUGCGAAACAAAGGACGGCGCGCCAGAGGAGGGGAAAGGAAAACAACCACCACGACCCCGUCCAUUCCGUUCCACUUCCACCCGAGCUCAGCGAUCGCGGCGGCGGAUGCGGAUGCGGAUGGGGAAGGGGCCGUCGUCGCGGGCGGGGUCGCGGCACCGGCAGUUCCGCGCCCGAGCCAUGACCCGCGUCGACGACCUCCAGGAGGUCUUCUCGGGCCUGCAGUCCGCGCGCAAGGACUCACGCUCCGCGGACGCCGCCGUCCUCGAGGCGCAGCUCCAGCAGAUGCUGCGGGAGUGGCGCUCCGAGCUCAGCGAUCCCUCCCCCGCCUCCUCCCUGCAGGGCAACGCCAGGGAACUGUCGGAUCCGCCUUCCGAUACUCUUCGUCUGCUGCAGUUGGUGGUGGCCGAGGAGGAGGAUGACGCCACGAGCAAGAUGGUCGAGCAGCAGCAGCAGCAGCCCCCACCUCCGCUCCCAGCUAACCGGAGCCAGGGGCACGCGCAUGUUGUGUGCCAGGGCAUGAAGCCGGAGCCGCGCGAGGAAGCAGUUGACGUCGCUGUGGACCAGCCGCAGCUGCUGAGUCAGGGGGUUCUGCCUAAUGGUGCUGCUACCGCGUCUGCGAUGUUCCAUGAUCAGCUGUACUAUGUGAACCAGGAGCUCACGGUCGAGGAUUUUCUUUAUGAUGAUGAUUACAAGAUAGAUCUUUCUGGGUCUAAUCUGGAUGUCAUUAAUAACCUAGAAGGGAUUGUUCAGCUGGAAUAUCCAGAUCACAAUUUGCCGCAAGGGUUAGCCCCUAAUGCAUACCUUGACAUGAAUAGUUGUGGGCAGAGUGCCGGGGCUGUUUUCCUGCACAUGCCAGAUUUGCUCACAACAAUGACUUCAGCACCUUCUGCAUUCCUGAAGCCAAAAUGCGCUCUCUGGGACUGCCCCAGGCCUGCUAUUGGAUCAGAAAGAUGGCAUAAUUAUUGCAGCAUGUAUCAUGCUGAUUUGGCUGUGCAGGAAGAGGGCCCUCCAGGCACAAUGCCUGUGAUCCGUCCAAGAGGCAUUGAUCUGAAAGAUGGCCCCCUGUUUGCUGCUCUUAGUGCAAAAGUCCAAGGAAAAAACGUUGGGGUCCCUAUCUGUGAAGGAGCUGCCACUGCAAAGUCUCCAUGGAAUGCACCUGGUGAAUCUAUCAGAGAAUGGUUGUUUUUUGACAAACCAAGGAGGGCAUUUGAUAGUGGAAAUCGGAAGCAGCGGUCCUUGCCAGACUACAACGGCCGUGGUUGGCAUGAAUCUAGGAAGCAGGUGAUGAAGGACUUUGGGGGUCUGAAGAGGUCCUAUUACAUGGAUCCACAACCAUCCAACGGCUAUGAAUGGCACCUAUAUGAAUAUGAGAUCAAUGACUGUGAUGCUUUUGCCUUAUAUCGGCUUGAAUUCAAGUCUUCAGAUGCAAAGAAAAUUGCAAAAUCCAAAUUAGGUUGUAAUCCACUGAAUGAAAUUCAGCAGCAAAUGGAUAGACUCAGUGCAGACAGUCCUGUCGACACCAAACGGACGGCCCGGAGCCGGACAGAGCCUAACCCGAUAGAUGUCAAUACUAACAUCUAUUCAGUUCCAAACACCACAGUUCAAACUGAUGUUCCAAAUGCUUAUCAGCCAGGGUCACAAGUGGACCAGAUGACAUAUUUGAACGGUAGUGUCGUUUAUGGGCCUCAUCUGCCGUACGGUUACUCGACUGAAAGAAGUGACUUCUAUUGGAACUCAAAUGAUGGGACAUGAGAAGAUAUAAACACAUGUUCGAUUUAUGGCAUAUUUGGCCUUCAAGUUCUAACAAUUCCCGUUAUGAUUAUUGGGUCAAAUCUAUUAGCAUGACCCCCAUCUUCUUGUAAUUGUAGUUGGCCCAAUCUACAGGAAACAUCUCUGAAACAAGGGAUGCCAAUAGGCAAUACUGCAGUUCUAUUUUCUGUGGCAACUUUGUCGUUGUAAUAUAGCCAUAUCAUGAUAAUAGCACCCUCCUCGAUGUGCAGCUGUAUGUAACAUAUAUCUCUGGCUUGGUGGA